GCCAAUUUUAACUUCAAAGUUACCGUAAAGUAUUUUUUUGUGCCAAACAAAGUAAAAAUAUUUUAAAAUGUGGUUAGAGAUAUCGAAAGUGUUAAUAUUUUGCUACAAUAAGAGAAGUGGAAUUUGAUGAGAUAACUGCUAUUGUUCGUAUGAAAUAAGUUUUUAUUUUUCUGUUGUGUUUCUAUCGAUGUUGUAACCAAAAAGUCGCUUCGCCAAAAUGGACGAAGUUAGAGCUCCUUUUAUUCACAAUCAGAAUUCCGUAUGCAGUGAUUCGAACGGAGAUGAUACGUCCAGAAACGACAUGCCUCCCAAUUUGGAUGUGAGAAUAUGUUUGGUGGGCAGUCUAGCCAGCAACUCAGAAAUAUACACGGUUGCUCAAACGUUUGGUGUCCCUGUAGUAAAUUCAAAAGAUGGACAAGAUUUUGCUCAAGAUGACAGUUGCAAUACUGUGUUUGUGGUCGAAGAAUUCGAAGGUAGUGUUUUCAAUAAAUUGUGCAAGUCCAAGCUGCAACUGUUGGGUCCCGUCGCGCUCAAGCAGCUGUCUCUUAAAAAAGAAAAAUUGCCAUUCAAUACGAGGCCCUUGUUUAAUUUAGCUAUGACUGGUAUUAUAGUGUGCUUCACAGGAUUUCGAGAAAAAGGAGAACUGGCUAAACUCGUAACCCUUAUUCAUCAUAUGGGAGGCUCAAUUAGAAAAGACAUGUCAUCGAAAGUAACACAUCUCAUAGCUAAUACAGCUGGAGGAGAUAAAUAUCAGUAUGCAGCUACUUUUCGAGUUCCCGUAAUGAACCCUAGUUGGGUUAUUGAAAGUUGGAACCAUCGCAUGGAUAUGUGUUUUACCGUUACUAUUGAAGAUUUCACUGUUAAACACAAGUUGAAACCUUUCCAUGGAGCUAGAGUAGGCUUCGUUGGAUUUGCGGAUGAAGAAGAAAAGCAUAUGACUGAAGUGUUGGUGUUGAACGGAGGCACAGUUACUAGUUUAGAUGAUCCUAAUUGCACACACGUUGUGGUGGACGAAACGACGGUAACGGAGAAGCCCGAGGCGCCUUCUAAAGUAUGGAUCGUAAAAGCCGAAUGGUUCUGGACGUCCGUACAGAAAGAGACAAGUCUACCGGAGAAAGAUUAUCUCUUCGACGAUUACUUAGACCAAGUGUCUCCUUCCGGCCGAAGAGACUCCAGCGCCACUCCUGGUAGUGCAGCUAGACGGCGAAAACGGAAAUUACUUCUUUCGUCGCUGGCUCUUCCACAGUCUCCGGCUCUAACGAAACGAAGAUCGUCAGUAAGCGAUGCUGGAUUACUGUCCGUAUCUGGAUCUUUCCUGGAUUGCUCAACCAGCCCCAACAAAGAAAUAUUAGACGGCGCAGAACCCGUUAUCGAUACCCCUCGAAAAGGUUUAACCCAAAGGCAUCAGGUGUUUCUGGAGUUGCUACAAACUGAGACCAAUUAUGUUGACAUUUUGCAUACUAUAAUGACUAUGUUCAAAAAACAUUUGGAAGAAAUGCCGGAUCAAGAGGCGCUUCUCAACAACACGGAGUUGAACCUGAUCUUCGGAAAGCUGCCGUUUAUCUAUGAAACUCACAUCAAAAUGUUGGACGAACUCAGAUGGACGGCCGCCCAUUGGAGCGAGGAACACAGCAUAGGCAACAUAAUCGUCAAGUUUUCCACUGAGCUACAAAGAGCUUAUCCGCCGUUCAUAAACUACUUCGAAGAGAUGAAGGAAGUGUUGUGCCAGUGCGAUCAAAAUAAACCUAGGUUUCAUGCUUUCUUGAAAGCAUGCCAGACUAGACCGGAGUGCGGUAGGCAAAGUUUGCAGGAGCUUAUGAUUAGACCUGUGCAGAGACUCGGUAGCAUUAGUUUAUUAUUAAAUGAUAUUUUAAAGAAUACUCCAAAAACCAAUCCCGAUCAUGCAGCACUCGAGCAAGCAUUGGCUGCAUUGAGGGAGGUGAUGACACAUAUAAAUGAAGAUAAAAGAAAAGCAGAAGGACAAGUGACUUUAUUCAAUAUUUUCAAUGACAUCGAUAAUUGCCCGCCCGACAUAGUGUCAUCUCAUCGGAAUUUCAUCGCGAAAACGGAAGUGAUUCAGAUAUCAUCGACGGAAGGGCUGGCCAGUAAAGGCAACAAUCUCGUUCUUUUUCUCUUCUCCGAUCGACUGGAGGUAUGCAAGAAGAAGUCGAAGACUUUCAACAGCUUGAAAAGCCCUUCGACCGUUACGGCGGGCGUCUCGGUCGGCGGUUCGUUGCAAAAUCGGCAGCUCAGCAAACCCUACAAGCACAUUAGACUAUUAGCUCUGAAUACUAUUAAGCGAGUAAUAGAUAUUAAAGAGACGGAGGAGUGCCAGAAAGUGUUCAGUCUGGUUUGCAGAAACAACGACGAUUUGAAGGAGAAGCUCUAUUCGUUUGCGAUGGCCGACGAGGAAGCCGAUAAGGUCACGUUUUUAAGGACUUUAACCAGGCAGAUGGCGAAUAAUGCUUGCACAGCGGAUGCAGAUAAAUUCCUGGCGUACUUGGAGCCCCAUCAACUCGACAUAGAAACUAGUGACGUAAACAAUGGAACGUUUUCGAAAGCUUUCAAAUAUGCUACGACUAGACUGAAAGUAGGUCGUAAAUUUUCGUUUAAUAAAACUCCUUCUAAAUUGAAAAGGGCCGUAUCCUCAAUGAUGUCGCCCUUCGGCAGCUCAACGAAUCUCACGCCAGCCUCGCAAUUGGCUCAAAUGAAGCUGGCUAGUUACAGUAAUAUUAACGAAUUAGGUAAUAGUGACAACGCCAAUGAAACUCAACCAGUUGCACCGAUGUCUGUGCAGCCUACACGAAAGAUGAAAUCUUCUUCGAUGGGCGUGAAUACGUUAAAACUAUUAUAACGUUUAUUUUGAUAAGUUUUAUUAUUUUAUUUUGAAGUCUAUUAUAUAUUUGUACAUAAAUUUUAAACUUUAAGAAUAUAUUUUUAUCGUUUAUUUUAUCCGAAACAAUGUAAUUAGCUACUCGAGUAAAUAGAUUAAUUUAAUUGAAAAAUAGAACUAAAACCUGUUGUAAAUUUUAUAAAUUUCAGUUCAUUCACGCAUUUUAUUCAGAAAUAUGUAUCAUAUUUAUUCUUUUAAGUUUGCAAGUUUGAUUAGCUUCAUACUUGUAGUUUUAUACAUCCUUACUACACCUUAUAGGUGAUUUAAGUUAUUUUAAAAUAAAUAAAAUAUACGAAUCCUCAAGCUGUAAUUCACAGUGUUUUCUUACUAAAUUUGCCAUCUUCUGAAAUUCAGAUCAUAAAAAUGGUCUUGAAUGCAAAUUAUUUCCCGUUUUGAGUUUGAGUCAUUCCUUAUUUAUUUCAAAACAACCUUUUAUGAUUCUGCAUAAUGGUAGUUCUAAUCUUCCUUUAAUGCAGACGCAACAAUGCCAUGUUUAAUAGCUGUGCUUCUACAGAAUAAAUAAAGAGAUUAACAUCUGUAACCUUUU